AUGCGACCGGAAGUCGAGGACGCGGACGAGCUGCCGCUUGUCCCGAGCAGCCAGCGCCGCCGUCCGCCACGCGGCAAGAACGACGUGUGCCGCGUGACAGACCUGGACGAGUACAUUUGCUACGGGGACCGCAUGGCGUUUCUCUGCGACGGGCAGCUCCUGGCCCUCACGCGCAAGUUCAACUUGACGUACCAGCAGAUGGCGCUCUUGGCCACCUCGACGCUCGCCACGUGCGGCCUCAUGGGCAUCGCUGGCUUCUUCGUGUGGCGCAAAGGGCUGUUCCGCAAACGGUACGCGGCGCUCUUUGGGGACGAAAUCUACAAUGAAGACGGAUUUGCGGCGGCUGUGUCUCGAUCUCCAGCGGGAGAAGACGGGGGCGCUCUAUUCGGAACACAAGGCGAGCGGAAAAAGAAGCACUCGGGGGCGACUAUGACGCUGGGAAACAGUGUGGCAGGAGAGCCAGGCCAUCCAGUGGGAGGCCCCAAAGCAUCUCAUGGCUCUGUGGCCUUUCGACUCUUUGAGUUCGACCCGAAGAAACAGCAAUUGGUCUUCUCGAGUGUGGGGUUGCCGGUGAAGUUCGGGACCCCGCUCGUUGUCGUCCACGCGGAAACGGGACGAGCGAUCAAGUUCUUGACGCACAAAGGAGCGGUGACGCUCAGUAAACCACCGCUGAAUUUGGCCUUCCACCGCCAAGUGCGCGCGAGUCUCGUGGCGAUGGAGGAGCCGGCCAUGUCGCUGAACUCGGCCAAGAGAACUAGACCCAAUCCGCCAUCAGCGACGUCCGUGUCUUCGAGUAAUUUUAGCAGCAAUAUCGGCGCAGACACAGGGAAGUCGGGAGCCGUAAUUAACAGCGUAAAGGUUAAUGACGACGAGCGAGGAGAUGAGACCGAAGCAAAUGACGAGCCGCUGGCUCCGUCUACUGGCCAAGCAGAUUUCAUGGCGGAUUUGGCUGACGGGAGUCAACAUCACGGACAGCCGCAAAGCCAGCAACAAGUGCACGUGCAAUCGAAUCACUCACGGCGCAGAAAUUCGCAGCAUACCUCAAUUGGCUCGUCGAAGCAACGUCCACGGAGCUGUAUGCAGCAACAGUCAGUUCGCUCGACCCAAGACCGUGCUCAGCGUCGUAGCCUUGACCACGCACGAUCACAACAGCAGGCAGUCGAAUUUGGAGACAACUUAUAUCGUGUUCCAUCUGAAAUGGCUGCUGACGCACCUGUGUCGUCUCGCCGUGGGAGUCAUCGCGCGUCGGUGUCAUCUGCCCCGGCUCUUCACGGCUCGGGUUCUCAAGCGUUUUACCGAUCCAUUUCAGAGUCAUACAUGAACAUGGUAUCGGAUAUCUCUGAUACUCUCCAACAGCAGCGUGGUCGUCAACGAGACCGCCAAGAGUUGAGGAGACGCCAAAAGGAGUUGAUGAAGGAUUUGCCGAACAUGUCGUUUAGCAAUCCUUCUGGCAAGUAUUUCGUUGCAACUGUUGAACCAGUUCGGCAUCAGAUUUCCGGCAGCAACUAUCACCAACCUGUGGCUCCGCGUGAUGAGUACUUGCGCUGGGGGCAGCCCUUGUCACUAAUUUCCAAUUUUAAUGGUCGUGCAUGUGGCAUUCGUCCCCGUGAGUACUACAAGGACAGCGACUUGUACUUAACAACGGAGGCAACGUCAACGACUAUCGUACCGCUACGUGAAGAUGGCGAUCUGAAGUGUUUGGCGAAGGAGUCCACUCGUUAUUUGGCGCAUUUGGAAAAGCGUCGCGUGAGUGUGAGCGUGGGCACGUACAACGUCUGGAUGAUGCCUCGCAAGGUAAGCGCGUUUACGAGUUGUUCUCCUAAGAAGAAUACUCGGGCGCGCAUGAUUGGCGAUACACUCCCGCCCUGUGAUAUCUGGGUAUUGACGGAGUGCUUUGACUACCGCGCACGGGAUACCCUGCUGAACAAGAUGUCGGAGGCUGGCUACUUCUUUUUCUCGCCAACGGUUGGGCACAAGCGCAUGAAGAAGUCAAACAUGCGUAAAUUGCUGAAUGGAGGCGUGUUGCUGGCCAGCAAGUAUCCGAUUCUAAGUGUGCGGGUGAAACUGUUUGAAAGUGCCUGUGCUGGUGCAGAUAAGCUGGCAGACAAGGGUAUUCUGUAUUGCAAGAUAUUGAAGGACGGGCUGCUGGUGCACGUGUUUUCGACCCAUUUGCAGGCGUGGAACGACCCGUUUUCGCGCACAAUGCGUAAGACGCAGAUGGAUUUGGUUUCGAAUUUCAUGCGCGCAAUGGAUAUCGACGAAGUGAAUGAUGCCGUGCUGAUUGUGGGCGACCUGAAUGUCGACUACUGGUUGAGCAAGACGAAUGGCGAGUACGACGAGAUGUUGGACAUUUUUGAUGCCACGGAUCCGUCGGUCGUGCACUCGCGGAAACUUGCCAAUGCGUCCGAGUUGGUAAAGAAAAAGUCUGUGGAGGAUUUCAAGCACGUGCGCGGGCACAGCUUUGACCCGCGCGUGAAUGCUUUGGCAGCUGACGGCUUGAGCUCGGACGGAAGCUUCGAGUUACUGGACUACAUUCUCUACUCGCGUAGCCACCGCCAGCCGAAGACCGCGUCAAGCUGGGUCCAGCCGAUAAGCACGUCGACGCCAUGGGUAUGGCGCGGGCAGCCCCAGUACAAUCUGUCGGACCAUUUUCCUGUCGUUGGUGAGUUUACUUUUGAGAUGUAA